UUCUACAUAUCAGAUUCUUUUUCCAUUCAGGUGUUCAAAUUUUGCGCUUUGGUGCUAGCUUCCCUUGUCCUGGUUGUUUCAUCAGGAACAGUCUCUUUAGUCAAUGUCAACGAUACCAUCACCCUUGGUCCAUGCGAAUCACCCGAAAUUGAGGGUUUGAUCAAAUUGCGGUGGGAAUGGUACUUAAACAACGACCUUAUUGGGCCCGAUAGCUCACCUUUGAUGACGCUGAAUGAGUCUAACCGCUCCCUAACUGUUGUUGCCCAACUUGAAGAUGUGAACCACGUCUACGGCUGCUUAUGGUUCGCUACACUGCAGAAUGGAAGUGAAAUUCGCGGGGACCUGCAGUCUUUUAUUAUAUCACCAGUUACUCCUGCCUUUCUCGUGAGGGGCCUACGGAAUGAAACGGUUGCCUGGGGAACGCACUAUGUUGUACCCUGCGAAGCCGGUGGCAUUAAACCGACGCUUGAAAUUAAAGUCAACGGAGUGGUCUAUCCACGAAGACAUCUGCGAGUAGUAAACAACACCACCGUUGAAUGCCGCGCCUUUAAUUCGGCCGGAGAAGAGAAGUCCUUCGCGUACCUGACUGUCACUCCUGGCAAGUCUCAUCUUUUUCCCGACAAAAAAUUAGUUUGUUGGUCGCGUAGAGAAGGAUUCCUCCUUCUUUGGUAUCAAAUUUCCGACAAGAGUAAUUUGGUUAUCGACCUGAAUCGCUCACACGUUGUCGCAGACACUGCUGACGCGACGGUUCUUGGGAAAAUGUGGUCGGUUUUGUGGGAACCGGUCCAACUACGUGUCCAGGUGAGAGAGAGCGAGAGCCGGGUUAGUUGGUUGGUUGGUUGGGGGAGGGAGGGAGGGGUGAGGCGAGUGGUGUUUCGUGUGACCGCCGACACACACCUUGGCCUCAUUCGAGGUACCGAUGACUGUGCUGCUGUGGGUGCAGAUCCCACGGCCUGGAAUGGGUUCGUACCAUCUUGUAAGCCCUUUCCUGCUUCCAUGACCUCGGUGUGUUCUGGUGUGCUUGGAGCUGAAGUUCCAACGGGUAGCAUCUACCAGGUUUCAACUUCCCGUCUCCUGCGAGUCCGGCGCACGAACCGACUCCUUUCCCUCGCCUUCCACAAUUGGGACACCCUGUUGCCGCCUGGCGCCUUGGCAAACAGCACCCACGCUCGAUGUCUGCAACAGGCGAAGCGCCUUGUCUGUCUCCUGGUGUUUCCACGAUGUCAAGAAGUUGAAGCCUACAUCGAGGACUUUGGAGGAUUCUACCUGGAAGCCGACGAGAACCUGCUCUCCAUCCGUGAAGUUCCCGUCUGCCACGUUCGGCGAUCGAUAUCCACGAUCUGGGCUUUCCCGCGGGCGCUGAUCAAUACCUGGCGUCGUGCCAACAGCCGCGCACACAUGGUCUCCUUCCAGUGGCCUUUUCGCGCUAGCUCCUUGAGCUUCGGCAGCGGUCAACCACAGGCCAGCAUCUUUGGCCUUAGUCGACCGGGCCGGUGGUCUGGCGGUUUGAAUGCGCCGGUGAGCCCCUCUUUCCAGGGUCCGAAUUGCCAGUCGUCGACACCUCCCCCCCUCCUCCGGCUUGUAAUUACUUUACCCGAGGACGCGUCGUUCCUGCGGCUUUGUUCUGAUACAUCCUUGAAAAAUGAUACUGCCCUCCCCUUCCCCCUCCCCCUCUGUCUGCAAUUCGGACCCACCUCAACGACGCUCAUCACCUCCACCACCACCACCACCGCCACCACCUCUGUCCUCAUUCGGUCUAAGCGGAAAACGCGUCACCUCAACUCAUUCUGCGUGAGUCGAAAGCCCAGUAGUCGUGUGAAACUGGUGAUUUGCAGCGUCUGUCGUAGGUGGAAUUUCCCAGACAACUUCAAUCCAAUCUCCUUCACAAGUUGGCAGAUCCUAGACAACCUUCCAAAUGCUGUUUUCCGGGUUGGAAGUGGCCUUGAACGAACCACAGAUUCGUGGGUUGUUGAACUGCUUCACGGCUCGUCUGUUGCGCGAAGCAAUCACUGCCUUGAUCUCUUGAGUCAACCAACUUUCGCGUCACGUGUCUCUGUUGUUUUGCUGGCCUGGAUCCGUUAUCUGAGUGGUGUAAAUGGGCCACAUCCAAUGCCUGAUCUUCUACUUGUCUUCUUGGGUCGUUUUAGACAGCACUGCUACCUAGUAGCGUCGAUUCUCUGCUCAGCCUCGUUCAAAUCGCCGCCGGGAACGCCCGCAUUGAUGAACUACACCUCGACGUCCACCUACGGCGACGGUUGGCGUGAGCUCCUGUCCCAGACCGGCAACGCCACCGUCCUCCUUGGCGACGUCUGUGAAGACCUUCCGCGGAUGGCCAUCGCGACUUCAGCAAACUCCGUCUGGAAUAAUUUGGACAACCGAGUGCUAGCCAUCUCCGGGUCGGUCUGCCAAGCCAUCGAUUUUUCCGCCUUACUUGAAGAUCCCGGUUCCACUGGCAAUUCCUCCAAAGACUGCUACACCGGACAAGGUGUGCUUUAUCGUGGGCUAUCACACGGCCAUCCCUCGUGUCUGCCCUGGGCUGAACUGGAUUUUGUCAAAACCGACGUUAUCGAUCCACUGGCCUCCCUCAGUCCCUCAGUCCUUCCAGCCGGCGCCUUUGGACGCCUUCCAGCUAACCAGUCUGUCUGCCGUAAUCCCCUCGGCCUCGCCUCUAAGCCAUUUUGCGUGGGUCCUGACAGCACAGGCAACCUGAGUCUUUUCUACUGUCCGUUUCUGGUCGAUUGUGCUGCGCCCACUUUCUCCGCACCCACCAAUCACGUUGGUCUCUUGAAUCGGCAGCGAGUUAACAUGAUCGCGAUCAGCAGCUCGGUGUGUCCGCUGUUCUUCAUACUACUCUGCCUCAUUCUGGUGUACAUUGGACAUGUGUACGCUAGGGAGAACACGGCGACUUCUGAGGCUGAAAAACACGAACGCCGGCACUCACUCCUCGUGGCACGUCGUGCGAGAAUUCGUGAAACGCACUGUCUUGGCCGCUGGUGUUUGCGUUUUUUGUACGCCUGCCAGGACGCCUGCAGCGGUGACAAUCGAGUGCGCCAGUCUUGUUGCACAGGCAAAUAUACCGAGGGAGAUCUCUCAAAGGGCGACCAACAAUUCAGCGUUGAGAAGGCCUUGGAUGACGAAGACGAGGAGGUGGAGAAUUGUCGAGAGUUCCUGCGUGGCCGGGGUGUCGACAAGACCGUCGCGACCGUUGCUGCGGUCCUCGAACACGCCGAGAACCAGCCCCACCUCACACCAGUGCCACACACCGAUCUCGAACCCGAGUUCAAUUCCACCACGAUGUCGCCUGAUCUCCCUGAGAAGCAGAUCAGCGAGAAGUCCUCGACACGCCCGUCGUGUCCUUCGUUCGCCGAGGAGGCGACCUCACUCGAGGCGCACGACAAAGCAUCAUCGGCGGGCUCGAGAAUCGCGAAAUUCCAGCUGGAAAGUGCUCUUCGCUUGGCCUCCUUACACCUCUUUGCCGCCAGACUGAAACAGCUCUCCUACCCGCGGAAUCAGCUGAUCGAGGAGCGGAUCCUUGCAAAAUCCGUCUUCGGCAACGUGGUCUUGGCCAGAGCUCCGAAAUUCCCAUUUCAUAAAGCACUUGGUGUGGGUGAACCCUGCGUCGUCAUCAAGACCCUGGCGUUUGGAGCUUCGUCAGCCACCGAAACGGCCUUCUUCCGCGAAGCCGAACUCCUCGUCGAGUUGAACCACCCGAACAUUGUGAAAAUCCUCGGUAAGCUUGUCCGAUCGCAGCACGGCUUCACUCAUUCCCACGUCAGUAGCUUCAAGUUUCCUCACUGUUUCACGGGUUUUUACAGUCUCUGUGAUUCUCUCCACGGUAACAGCCGUCCCAGGAACGUCACAUAUGACGUCUCCUUCUUCCUCUUCUUCUUCUUCUUCUUCCAAGGAAUCUGCAUUCCCUUGCAACCCUAUUCCUUGAUCUACGAGUACAUGCGUGAUGGGGACUUGAGCUCCUACCUCCACCGUCUGGCCGACGCCUCAGCCAUUCCUUCUGCCCCCUCCAACGAUCUCGCCGUCGCUCUUGACGACUCGACUGCCUCGUCUGGCGACGACCUUGAGACGGGACCGCUUUCGAUAGGCGAACUGCUUCACUUCGCUCUCGACGUCUGUGAGGCCAUGGUUUAUUUGAACUCAAGGUUAUAUGUGCACAGGGACUUGGCUACGCGAAACUGCCUAGUGGACAAGGGCGUUGUGAAGCUGGCUGAUUUGGCGAUGUGUCGUCGCUUGCCUCACUUUCGUGGCGCUGACCUCAUCGAUCGGGAGGGUGCAGCCCCACUGGCGGUUCGCUGGCUCCCCAUGGAGUCUGUACUUGAGGGUCGGUUCAACUGGGACACGGACGUCUGGUCGUUUGGCGUCCUCGUCUGGGAGUUGUUCACUUUUGGUCGAUUGCCUUACGGCAACGUGGAGGUUUCAGAGGUUAUUCGCGCCGUCAGCGAAAACAUGCGCCUACAGAAGCCACGCUUCUGUCCUCAUUCGGUCUACAAACUGAUGCUUCGUUGUUGGUCGCCAACUCGCAACGAGAGGCCUUCCUUCCGACGAAUCAGGUCUGAACUUGCCGCGGAGUUGCAGCAUUUCCAGACGGAGUAA